AUGCGUCUUUUGCAGGUUGAUGAGAACGGCAAGUUCAGCCUGACCGACGACCUGAUCCACAAUAUUCCACCUUACGCUAUCCUUUCACAUACAUGGGGAGAAGACUAUGAAGAAGUCAGCUUUAUAGACCUGACUAGAGGCCUGAGGAGGACAAAAGCUGGAUACAAGAAGCUUCGCUUUUGUGCAAAGCAGGCUGCACGCGAUGGCCUACAAUACUUUUGGGUGGAUACAUGCUGCAUCAACAAAGAGAACAACACCGAGCUUUCAGAAGCCAUCACUUCGAUGUAUCGUUGGUACAACAGAGCGACGAAAUGCUAUACAUACCUCUCAGACGUUUCGAUUAUCGACGAUAACCACCUCAGUCCGUCUUUGCAACAAUGGGAGUCCGCCUUUCGCAACAGCCGGUGGUUUACCCGGGGUUGGACGCUCCAAGAGCUGCUCGCUCCGCCUUCAGUCGAGUUCUUUUGCUCAAAGGGUACUCGACUUGGUGACAAGAGAUCUUUAGAACAGCAAAUCCACGAGAUUACUAGGAUCCCGGUUCUGGCUCUUCAAGGCGCUCCUCUAGCUAAAUUUGAUAUUGACGAACGAAUGUCAUGGGCGAAAAUGCGUCAGACGAAGCGCGGCGAAGAUAAGGCUUAUUCUCUGUUAGGUCUUUUUGACGUCAGCAUGCCACUCAUAUACGGAGAGGGCGAAGAGAAGGCUUUCCGUAGGCUACAAAGAGAAAUCCGUGGUGACAAUCCUCUAGAUCGCUUACCGUAUGCUAUCGAAGCGCCCUUCAACUCAUUUACGAGACAACACGAACCCGCCUGCUUAACUAACACGCGUGUCAACCUUUUAAACGAUAUAUACGCUUGGGUAGAUGGAAAAGACGAGCGGUGCAUUUUCUGGCUGAACGGCAUGGCUGGCACGGGCAAGUCGACGAUCGCGCGCACGGUUGCCCGUAGGUACUAUGAGCAGCAGCGUCUUGCAGCCAGCUUUUUCUUCUCGAAAGGCGGCGGUGACGUCAGUCAUGCGGGCCUUUUUAUCACCAGCAUUGCUAUGCAGGUCGCACAGAAUGUACCUGCAUCUCGUCAGUAUAUCCGUAACGCUGUUGCAGAGCGUAAUGAUAUUGCAAGCCAGUCUCUCCGCGAUCAGUGGCAAUGGCUCGUCCUAUGUCCGCUAUUGAAGCUGGACGAACAUAGCGACAAGUCCGCAUAUGUUCUUGUUGUUGACGCUCUUGAUGAAUGCGACAAUGAGAACAACAUCCGUAUCAUCAUACACCUCCUAGCUGAAGCUCGAUCGUUGAAGAUGACUCGAUUACGAAUCUUCCUGACGAGCCGAUCGGAGAUUCCCAUUCGAAAUGGAUUUCGCCAGAUAUCAGACGCAGAGCAUCGAGACUAUCUCCUUCACGACAUAUCACCAUCGAUCGUCGACCAUGAUCUUUCCAUCUUCUUUGAAUACAAUCUUAAGCUCAUUGGACAAGAACAAUCUCUGGAUGCUUGUUGGCCGGGCGAAGAGAUCACUAAGCGUCUGAUUCAAACUGCUGGAGGACUAUUUAUUUGGGCCGCAACCGCUUGCCGAUUUAUUCAUGAAGGGAAACGAUUUGCAGUCAGAAGACUUGAUACGAUCCUUUCAGGCAUCAACAGCGCUUUGAUAGCACCGGAGAAGCAUCUAGAUGAGAUCUACACGACUGUGCUGAAACAAUCCAUCAUUUUGGAAUUCACAAAGGAGGAGAAAGAAGAGGUAUAUUGUGCAUUAAGAAAAGCCCUUGGCAGUAUCGUCAUUUUACUUUCGCCGCUCUCUGCAUCGUCUCUAUGCAAACUGCUUGGUGUUAAGAAAGAAGACCUGGACCAGACGCUGAACGAUAUGCACUCAGUUCUAGAAAUUCCGAAAAACCGAUUUCAGCCACUUCGUCUUCACCAUCCCUCGUUUAGGGACUACCUACUCAGCAAGAGCCGGUGUCAAGACCCAAACUUCUGGGUGAACGAGAAGCAGGCACAUCAAGUAUUGGCAGACAACUGUUUACGGCUCAUGUCAAUAUCACUGAAGCAAGAUAUCUGUGGGCUUAAUGCUCCCGGCAAGCUUAUAACUGAGGUUGAUAGAAGCCGGAUUGAUCAUAAUUUUCCUCCCGAAGUCCAGUACGCCUGUCUCUACUGGAUUGAGCAUGUUCAGAAGAGCAGUGCUCAGCUUUGUGACGAUGACCAAGUACAUCACUUCCUGCAGAAGCACCUUCUUCAUUGGCUUGAGGCGCUUGGCUGGAUGGGUAAGAUGUCGGAAGGAGUGUAUGCCAUUGCGGCUUUACAGUCGUUUGCUACCUCAGACGAUUGCCCUCAUCUUUCGAAUUUCAUCUAUGACGCGAAGCGAUUUGUUCUCUAUAAUCGAUCAAUUAUUGAGCAGGCUCCAAUUCAGACUUACUGCAGUGCCCUUAUAUUUGUACCUACAACAAGUAUAGUUAGAAAGCAGUUUGCAGACUGUAUGCCUGGAUGGAUAGAAAUGUUACCAAGGACGGAGGAGAAUUGGAAUGUCAUGCUGCAGACGCUGGAGGGCCAUUCGGGCCCGGUCUUCGCCGUGGCCUUCUCGCCAGACGGCAAGACGCUGGCGUCAGGGUCAGAUGACAGGAUGGUCAAGCUGUGGGACGCCAGGUCGGGCGCCGCCGACGCCGUGGCCUUCUCGCCGGACGGCAAGACGCUGGCGUCGGGGUCGAGGGACUACACGGUCAAGCUGUGGGAUGCCGGGUCAGGUGCCGUGCUGCAGACGCUGGAGGGCCAUUCGAGUUUGGUCGUUGCCGUGGCCUUCUCGCCAGGCGGCAAGACGCUGGCGUCGGGGUCAUACGACAACACGGUCAAGCUGUGGGAUGCCGGGUCAGGCGCCGUGCUGCAGACGCUAAAGGGCCAUUCGAGUUGGGUCAACGUCGUGGCCUUCUCGCCGGACGGCAAGACGCUGGCGUCAGGGUCAGAUGACAGGAUGGUCAAGCUGUGGGAUGCCAGGUCGGGCGCCGUGCUGCAGACGCUGGAGGGCCAUUCGAGUUGGGUCAACGUCGUGGCCUUCUCGCCGGACGGCAAGACGCUGGCGUCAGGGUCAGAUGACAGGAUGGUCAAGCUGUGGGAUGCCAGGUCGGGCGCCGUGCUGCAGACGCUGGAGGGCCAUUCGAGUUGGGUCAACGUCGUGGCCUUCUCGCCGGACGGCAAGACGCUGGCGUCAGGGUCAGAUGACAGGAUGGUCAAGCUGUGGGAUGCCAGGUCGGGCGCCGUGCUGCAGACGCUGGAGGGCCAUUCGAGUUGGGUCAACGUCGUGGCCUUCUCGCCGGACGGCAAGACGCUGGCGUCAGGGUCAGAUGACAGGAUGGUCAAGCUGUGGGAUGCCAGGUCGGGCGCCGUGCUGCAGACGCUGGAGGGCCAUUCGAGUUCGGUCGUUGCCGUGGCCUUCUCGCCGGACGGCAAGACGCUGGCGUCGGGGUCAUACGACAAAACGGUCAAGCUGUGGGAUGCCGGGUCAGGCGGCGUGCUGCAGACGUUCGACAUUGGCUAUACUACUAACUCUAUCUCUUUCUCUGAUGACAGUACUUCUCUCCUGACUAAUAGGGGAAUCUUACCUCUCUCGCCAUUUCUUUCUAAUCGCACAGCUUUUUUACCGCCGCAGAUUUCACCUUCUGUUUUUGUUAAGGACCAAUGGGUGAGUCUUUAUACGGACCGCAUUCUUUGGCUUCCUCCCGAACAUCGGCCAUCCUGUGUUGCCGUUUUUGGGAACGUUGUUGGUCUUGGGCAUAAGUCUGGCAGAGUCACGUUGAUGACUUUCAAUGUUUGA